UUAGAUUGGCCAUCUUGAAGGCACAACUGCAAUUUUACGUGAUUUUCGUGUUAAAUAAGUGACGGACCACAGAAAACCUUUGUGAAAACUCUUGCACGUGUCUUGCCGCAGCGGGAAAUUAUGGCAUCCGACGAGGAAAACGACGAUUACGGAGGUGCCGAAGACGAAAGUGUCGCCCAAGACGAGACUGUGGAGCAAGAAAAUGGCUCGGGAGCAUCAGACGACGAUGUUGCCUUGAAACCGGCAAACGACGAUGACGACGACUACGAGCCGGAAGACACGAAGAAACGCAAAAAGGGCAAAAAACGGAAGGCGCGCAGCGACGAGAAGCGUGGGCGAAAGAAAAAGAAGCGAAAAAAGAAUGAAAGUGGCGACGAUUCCGAUUUUCAGGAGGCAGAAGAUGCCGAUUCGGAUUAUCAGUCGUCGAAACGCAGCAAACGCGGCAAAAAAGAAGAAAAAGCAAGCAAAAGUGCUGCCAGUUCGGAGGCACAACAUCUCACGGUUGACGAAGUUUGUACGAAUUUCGAUAUGACUGACGUCGAUAUCGAGUACAGCGACAGCGAAUAUCGCAGUUUGACAACUUUGAAGGCUUUUAUGCAGCAUGUUCGUCCGAUUUUGCAAAAGGAAAAUGCUCGGGUCCCGAUGUCGAAGUUGAUGAUGUUGGUAGAGGCGAAAUGGAGACAAUUUUCGGAGGAAAAUCCGCAUAUGCAAAGUGAAGCGGGAGGCGAUGAAGAAGCGGAAGAAGAGGAACCGCCAGCAUCGCCUGAAUAUCAACCGAAGACCAGCAGACGUUCGAGCGGCAAAAAAGGCAGAAGAGCGUCGCAAAAAGUACCAACGUUGAAGAUCAAGUUUGGAAAACGCAACAAGGCGAGCUCCGAAGAUGAAGAGGAAAAGGGAUCAAAUGCUUCGGAACGUGAUUCUGAUGCUGAAUUUGAGAAAAUGUUGAUGGCCUCUGAACCCGAAGACGAUCCAAAAGACGAAGCAAAAGUCGAGACUGACCAACCCGUCGUACGCAAAAAGGCAAAAACUAAAAUCGGAGGUCGCAAAAAGUCCAAGAAAAAGCUCAAAGCCGCCACAAAUGAAGAUGGCGAACCCGAGCAUCAAGAUUACUGCGAAGUGUGUCAACAAGGCGGCGAAAUUAUCUUAUGCGACACUUGCCCGAAAGCAUAUCACUUGGUAUGUCUCGAUCCCGAGCUCGAGGAAGCGCCCGAAGGAAAAUGGUCUUGCGCAACGUGCGAAGCCGAAGGCCCCCAAAUCGAAGAAGACGACGAACAUCAAGAAUUUUGUCGCAUUUGCAAAGAUGGCGGCGAGCUAUUGUGUUGCGAUUCUUGCCCCUCAGCUUACCACACAUUCUGUUUGAAUCCUCCGCUCGACGACAUUCCCGAUGGCGAUUGGCGAUGCCCGCGUUGCAGUUGCCCCCCAUUACCGCAUCGCGUGCAAAAAAUCAUCACGUGGAAAUGGGUUGAGGAGAAAGACGAACCCGGAAGUUCGAAGCAAAUGUCUUCGGGAGGGCGUCAUCGAGAAUAUCUCGUAAAAUUCGUAGGACGCUCGUAUUGGCAUGUCGAAUGGGUCACAGAGUUGCAACUUGAUGUUUUCCAUCCGCAAAUGUUCAAAUCGUACACGCGAAAAUACGACAUGGAAGAACCCCCGAAGUACGAAGAGCCCUUGGAUGAAAACGACGGACGAGCAAAACGCAUUCAACGACAUCACAAACAUUAUCAUGCCGUUGACAAGAACUCCUUGGAGGAAAAAUACUACAAAUACGGCAUAAAACCCGAAUGGCUGGUCAUCCAACGUGUUAUUAAUCACAGUACGAAGCGCGAUGGCACAACUUUGUAUUACAUCAAAUGGCGCGAACUCGGAUACGAUCAAUGCACGUGGGACGAAGAAACUGACGAAAUCCCGGGAUUCAAAGAUGCGGUCGAGUACUAUAACGACAUGAGAAACGCCUAUUUGAGCAAUGAAAAAGGCGAUAAGAAAGGCAAGAAAAAGGGUCGAAAACGUCGUGACAAAGAAGAAGAAGGCGAAUUUACUGCGCGGAAAUAUAAUCCGCCGCCAGACAAGCCAAUUACGGAUUUAAAACGCAAAAUGGAUGUUCAACCGAGUUACAUUUCGGAAACGGGCAUGGCUUUGCAUCCAUACCAGCUCGAAGGUAUCAAUUGGUUGCGUUAUUCCUGGGCUAAUGGAACUGAUACAAUUCUCGCCGACGAAAUGGGUCUCGGAAAAACCAUUCAAACAGCGACAUUUUUGUAUACUUUAUUCAAGGAAGGGCAUUGCCGAGGUCCCUUCUUAAUUGCUGUCCCCCUAUCGACUCUGAUCAAUUGGGAACGUGAAUUCGAACUGUGGGCGCCGGAUAUGUAUUGCGUCACAUAUGUCGGCGACAAGGAUUGUCGUGCUGUAAUUCGUGAACACGAACUCAGUUUCGAAGAUGGAGCCGUGCGCGGAGGACGUGCAAGUAAAAUUCGUGCUACUUCGUUGAAAUUCAACGUUUUAAUCACGUCAUACGAGUUAAUUUCCAUCGAUCAGGCGUGUUUGAGUUCGAUUGAAUGGGAAGCACUCGUUGUCGAUGAAGCCCAUCGUUUGAAAAGUAACCAAUCAAAGUUCUUCAAAGUCUUGUCCGGAUAUACGUUGAACUAUAAACUGCUGCUGACAGGUACUCCGUUGCAAAAUAACCUCGAAGAGUUGUUCCAUUUGCUCAAUUUCCUCAACAAAGACAAGUUUAACGACUUGACGGCGUUCCAGAGCGAAUUUGCGGACAUCUCGAAGGAAGAACAAGUUAAAAAAUUGCAUGAAAUGUUGGGACCUCACAUGUUGCGACGUCUCAAGGCUGACGUACUGAAGAGUAUGCCCUCGAAAUCGGAAUUUAUCGUGCGUGUCGAACUUUCGGCAAUGCAGAAGAAAUAUUACAAAUACAUCCUGACCCGAAAUUACGAAGCCCUGAAUCCAAAAUCGGGCGGAGCUGCAUGUUCUCUGUUGAAUAUCAUGAUGGAUUUGAAAAAAUGCUGUAAUCAUCCGUAUUUGUUCCCUGCGGCGGCGGAGGAAGCUCCCUUGGGUCCCGGAGGUAAUUACGAAAUUACCGCAUUGACGAAAAGUGCGGGAAAAUUGAUGUUGCUCUCGAAAAUGUUGCGAAUUUUGCGCGAACAAAACCAUCGUGUGCUGAUUUUCUCGCAAAUGACAAAAAUGUUGGAUGUUUUGGAGGAUUUCUUGGAAGGCGAAGGAUAUCGGUAUGAACGUAUCGACGGAAAUAUCACGGGAAAUCUUCGUCAAGAAGCAAUUGAUCGAUUUAAUGCGCCCGGAGCUCCGCAAUUUGUGUUUUUGUUGUCGACUCGUGCUGGCGGUUUGGGUAUUAAUUUGGCGACGGCAGAUACUGUCAUCAUUUAUGACUCGGAUUGGAAUCCUCACAACGAUAUUCAGGCCUUUUCGCGUGCUCAUCGUAUCGGACAGGCAAACAAAGUCAUGAUUUAUCGCUUUGUCACGCGUAAUUCCGUGGAAGAGCGUGUCACGCAAGUCGCGAAGAGGAAAAUGAUGUUGACGCAUUUGGUUGUGCGACCCGGGAUGGGAAGCAAAGGUGCGAAUUUCACGAAACAAGAGUUGGAUGACAUCUUGCGAUUCGGUACGGAAGAGCUUUUUAAGGAAGAAGAGGGUAAAGAAGAUGAAGCAAUUCAUUAUGAUGACAAAGCUGUUAUGGAUUUGUUGGAUCGUGACAAGAAGGAUACCGCAAGUGAAGGAAAUGAUUCCGAUCAAACGCAACUCGCCAACGACUAUCUCUCAUCGUUCAAAGUCGCUUCAUACGCCACAAAAGGCGACGAAGAAGAAGAACCCGAAACGGAAAUCAUCAAGCAAGAAGCUGAAAACUCUGAUCCCGCUUAUUGGGUCAAACUUUUGCGACACCAUUACGAACAGCAUCAAGAAGACGUCGCCCGUACCUUGGGCAAAGGCAAACGUGUUCGCAAACAAGUCAACUACACGGAUGGCGGCGUCGUUGCUACCGAAUCUCGCGAAGACUCGACAUGGCAAGAUAACGUCUCCGACAUGUCCGAUUAUUCGGGCGGAUCUGACGAAGAACGCGACGACGACGACUUUGAUGACAAAGAUGGCGAUGUUCGUCGCAAAAAACGCAUGGAUCGCGAACGCGAUAGACCUUUGCCGCCGCUAUUGGCUCGCGUGGGCGGCAAUAUCGAAGUAUUAGGAUUCAAUGCGCGUCAACGGAAGAGUUUCUUGAAUGCGAUUAUGCGGUAUGGCAUGCCGCCGCAAGAUGCCUUCAACUCGCAAUGGCUUGUCAGAGAUUUACGGGGCAAGAGCGAGAGAAAUUUCAAGGCUUAUGUUUCGUUGUUUAUGCGUCAUUUGUGUGAACCGGGUGCGGAUACGGCGGAAACUUUUGCCGAUGGAGUGCCGCGAGAAGGUUUAAGUCGACAACAUGUGUUGACACGAAUUGGGGUCAUGUCAUUGAUUCGCAAAAAAGUUCAGGAAUUCGAACAUAUUAAUGGGUAUUACAGCAUGCCAGAAUUGGUAAGGAAACCAUGUGAACCGGUUCAAGCGAAGGAAACAGGCACUCCGGGAACGACAAGUGCAAGUGCGACGCCAGCAACGAGCGCUGCGCCAAGUCCCGCUCCAACAAAUGUCGACAAAGACGAAGAAUCAACGGAAAAUCCGAAGAAAGAAGGUGACGAAAAACCGAAAGAAGAAGCAGAAAAGAAGCCAGAAUCUGACACAAAGAUGGAAGUUGAUGAAAAAGAAGAAAAGAAAGAAAAAGAAGAACCAACUGAAGCUUCAAAAGAAACAAAAGACGACGUAAAAGAAGAAAAAACAUCAAAUUCUGAUGCAAAACCUGCAGAUUCCAAACCCAAAACCGACGACGAUGACGACGUUGUUCUCGUAAAAGACGAAUUAGAGGAAAAACGUGAACUUCUGAAGCAACAACAAAAGCUCGAUGAAACCAUCGAAGUGCACAAACGGCAAUUCAUGUUCAAUAUUGCCGAUGGCGGAUUCACAGAACUUCACACGCUUUGGCUUAACGAGGAAAAAGCUGCUGUUCCAUCGCGCGAAUACGAAAUUUGGCAUCGUCGACACGAUUAUUGGCUUCUUGCGGGCAUCGUAACGCACGGAUACGGCAGAUGGCAAGACAUCCAAAACGACAUUCGGUUCGCCAUCAUCAACGAACCCUUCAAAAUGGACGUUGGCAAGGGAAAUUUCUUGGAAAUUAAGAAUAAAUUCCUCGCGCGUCGCUUCAAAUUGCUCGAACAAGCUCUCGUGAUUGAAGAACAAUUGCGUCGUGCUGCCUACUUGAAUUUGUCGCAAGAUCCGUCGCAUCCCGCGAUGUCACUUAAUGCAAGAUUUGCUGAAGUUGAGUGUCUUGCUGAAUCGCAUCAGCAUUUGAGCAAGGAAUCGUUGGCGGGAAAUAAGCCUGCGAAUGCGGUUUUGCAUAAAGUUUUGAAUCAACUCGAGGAAUUGUUGUCGGAUAUGAAGAGUGAUGUGUCACGAUUGCCGGCGACGCUUGCACGUAUUCCGCCUGUCGCGCAACGUUUGCAAAUGUCUGAACGUUCUAUCCUUUCGCGAUUGGCUGCCACAGCAAGCAAUGCUUCAACAGCAGUAUCACAAAUGGUUCAAUUUCCCCCUGGCUUCCAAGGAGCAAAUUUGCAAAAUUUCGGAAACGCAUCGAACUUUGGUAACUUCAGACCAACAUUCUCCGUUCCCGGGCAAAAUGCACAGUAAACAACUUGUGUAUCAUCAUCCUCAUUGGAAGUUGGUCAGCUUCAGUGUUUUUCAACCUUUAUAAUAUAAACUUAGUUUAAUUCGAAUAAUAAGAAUUAGUUUUUAAAGAACAUACAAACAAAAAAAUAUUCAUUAGGAUUUUUUAAGACAAAAAAUACUUUUUUCGUUCAAUCAUGCAAAAAUGAACAGUUUUUGGCUCACUUACUUAUUCUUGUCCAGAAAUUUGAUUUUUUUACCAAUUUUUCAAGAUAACUAUGCUAUAUUAUUAUUAUUAUUAUUGAUGUGGACAGUGAAUGCAACUCCUUUAAAAAAAAGAAAAGAAGAAAAAAAAUAACAUUCUGAUUGACGAACAAAUUAGAUUGUGAAUACAUAAGAAUUUUUCUCUAUUAUAACUAAUAAUAAUAUGGAUAAUAUAAAGUAUUUUUAAUAUUUAUAAA